AUGAGUGAAUGUUUGAAAUAUCAAAAACCAAAUGAAAAAUGCAUGGAAUAUGCAAUUAUUUCACACAACAUUGAUUUUGUUACAUUCUUGAUGAAUGAGUACAAUAUGGAAAUCGAUUUAGAUUAUUGCGGAUGGUAUAAUAAUCUUGAAUCCUUUUUAG